AUGUUCCUUAUAGCAAGCUGGAACUGCAAUUCUGUAACGAAUGCUUUCCACCAGAAACUGGUGGUCCGAUACAGUUCAGAAUUAAGUCGCAGAAACCCACGAAAAGGAGCGUGUGGUGAUUUCUGGGGCACAACUGAGCUUUCGAGGCGGUUGCCACAGGUUGACCGCCCGACCACGAGAUUUGCUACCAGCAAGCAAACUCGCCGGAGAAACCGUUCAGAACUUGUACGCUCUUCAGCACGUGGAGGCUCCGGCUCUAAUGACCCUGAGGAAAAAGACGCAACCCCGGAACCAGGAUCUUUCUUUGAAGAGGAUUCAACGGCUAUUGAGUACUUCAGCCCAAGUGAAAAGAGGGACACAGAGGUUCCGGUUUCGGGAAAGCUCGCUGAACUGCCUCUGUUUCCACUGCCCCUUGUUCUGAGUCCUGGACAGCCCAUUCCCCUGCAUAUUUUCGAAAUGAGAUAUCGUCAGAUGUUUCAGCGAAUUCGGGAAGGAGAUGGCCGUUUCGGUAUUGUGAUGUAUGACAAGGACCGGAACGCACACGCUGCUGUCGGCACCAUGGCCGAAAUAAAUGUAUACGAACCCCUUGCGGACGGUCGAAUCAUGACAAGCAGUAUCGGACGCGAGCGCUUCAGAGUGCUCAAGUACACGAAGGACUCUCCGUACCUAGUUGCGCUUGUGGAAUACUUUGACGACGAAGUGUGCAUCGAGAGCGUGGAGCAAAUAUUAGCGGCCCUGAAAGAGCCGCUACCGCAGAGCGGCGAUCAGGAAACGAGCAGGAUUUCCAAGCAAAGCUUGACGCUACUGGAGAGACGCGUUUGGUCGGCGCUCGGUGACGUGUUGCGGCUGUCAAAUAAGCUGUACAACAGGGUGGUGAGUUUGAGUAAGCUCGUGGUGGAUAAUAGCCCUGAGACGGUGCUGAGCAUUCCCGAGGGGCAUUUGGAUCCGGAGCAGAAUUUCCAUCGGCAGAAGCUAUUUAGUUUUGCCGUAAGCAGUAUACUCGACAUGCCUGUGCGGCAGCAGCAGUUGCUACUGCAAACGCGCAGUACCGCAAAAAGGCUGUUGAAGCAGGCGCAAUUACUCGAGGGAGCUCGACAGUACCUUGCUGCUCAAGUCACGAUUAAGAAAGCCCUUGGAGAGUCGUAG